AUGUGGAGACUUUCUGCCAGCAGGUCGCUGAAGUUCCUGGCUGUCUUGGUGGUUCUGCUCCUGUUUGCCCAGGUCUUGCAGAAUUCAGUCAAAAAAGACCCAGCUAAGUCAAAUCCUGCCAAGUACCAGGGUCACCUCCUGCCCCCCCUCCCAUGCCGAUACCUCCUGAACCAGGCGGAGCUGUGCAGGGACAGGACCCCCUUCCUGGUCUUCAUGGUGCCCGUUGCACCUCGUGAUGUUGCAGCUCGGGAAGCCAUAAGGAAGACAUGGGGAGCUCCAAGUCCGGACACGUUGACCCUGUUCUUUACAGGACUCCAAGAGACAGGAGACCUGCGCCCAAUCCAGAAGGAGCUGGAGCAUGAGAGCAGGCUGCAUGAAGAUAUCAUCCAGAUGGACUUCAUGGACUCCUACCAGAACCUGACCCUGAAGACCCUGAUGAUGAUGAAGUGGCUGGGAUCCCACUGCCCCAACACCCCCUUUGCCAUGAAGGUGGACGCUGACAUCUUUGUGAAUGUGUUCCACCUCAAAUACCGCCUCCGGACCUCCCCCACACAGAGCUUCAUAACAGGGUCAGUGAUCUGGGAUGGCAGGCCCAGGAGGGACCCCAGCAGCAAGUGGUACCUGUCAAAGGACAUGUACCCGGAGGACAGCUUCCCUCCUUAUGUGUCUGGACCAGGGUAUGUGUUCUCCUCUGAUCUGGCAGGACGGAUAUCCUGGGCUUCCAGGUCUGUACAGCUGAUCCCCAUGGAGGAUGUCUACGUGGGUCUGUGUUUGAGGGUCCUGGGGGUCCGGCCCGUCUACUCCCGCAGCCUGUUCUUCCUCAGGAACCUCUUUGAGAUCCGAAAGCUGGACUACGACAGGUGCACCUUCGCUGGACUCAUCAUCGUCAACAACUUUGAGCCUUCAGAGCUGCUGCGGGUUUGGCCCGACUUCUUCAAAGGUCACGCCCACUGCUGAACACCUUCCAGGUGACUUCACUGAGGAGCAGCUGUCAAUCAAAACAGGAAGCAGAGCCAUGACAGG